AAGCAAAGAACCAUGAUGGCCAUUUAUAAAUAACACAUCUUCUGGCACAAAACACUCGUACUUUUUCAGUCUUUUAUGCAUUGAAUCUUUUUGGAGCCCUCGGGAAAAUAAAAUAACUCCAAAUCCCUUUCGUCCUUUCACAAAGUUCAGUUUACAGCACAAGAAUGGCCUCUGAGCGGAUGAAACCUGUUGCCUCCCUGCUUUUAGUCUUAAAUCUGAUCAUGUAUAUCAUCGUUUUAGGCAUUGGCAGUUGGGCUAUGAAUAGAGCCAUUGAUCAUGGUUUCAUCAUCGGACCUGGGUAUGACCUCCCAGCACAUUUCUCACCCAUUUACUUCCCCAUGGGAAAUGCUGCCACUGGGUUCUUCGUGACAUUCUCUUUGAUUGCCGGAGUUGUUGGUGUUGCCUCGGCAAUUGUUGGUCUUAAUCACAUUCGCUCUUGGCACAGCGAUAGCAUGCCAUCCGCCGCCUCCGCCGCUGCCAUUGCUUGGGCUCUCACUCUUCUAGCCAUGGGCUUUGCCAGCAAAGAAAUUGAGCUCUCUAUCAGGAACGCCCGUCUGAGAACCAUGGAAGCAUUUAUGAUCAUACUUUCUGCUACGCAACUUCUAUACAUAGCAGCCAUCCAUGGCGCCUCAUCAAGUAGAAGAACUUGAAAGAAUUAAUAGUCCCUUUAAUUUAUGCAUGCUUGGUGUGUAUUCAAUGUAUUUUUUUUUUUUAAUUUCCCGGCUCUUCGGGGGUGUAAGCAGAUUGAUUACAAUUAUUAUGUUUUUCUGUGUGAUUUGAUUGGAUUUUUAUAAACAAAUAACAAAGGAAACGGGGUCCAAAAUCAUAUUUCCA